AUGACUCACCACAAAGGCAGAAAACAAGCUGGGAGGGCUGAAAAGCUGAAUUUCUUCGGCCAGAAAAACAACCUUGGAGCAUGGACCUCGCAGGCCGAAAUUCAAGAUGGCACAGAAAUGGGCACCAAUACGCCAGACGUUAAUGACUCCUUGGCCGCUGAAACGGUGACUGAACCAGUGACUCAAACCUACCUGACACAAGCCCUAGAAGUGCUAUCCAGCAAAUUGAUCUCAAGCUGGCAAUCCUCGUUCAACAUCCUGAGGCACGAUAUACAGGAGCUGGGGUCCAGAACAUCCCACAUGGAAAGCAAACUAGACGAAUUUGCCACGGCACACAAUGAUCUGGUGACCCACGUGGAAGAGAGAGAGCAAAAAAUAGUCCAGAUACAAGCUAAACUCAUGGACAAUGAAGACAGGGCCUGCAGGAACAAUCUUAGGCUCCGGGGGGUCCCAGAAGAGGUGCAACCUGCCGACCUACCUGCAUAUGCGAGAGGCCUGUUGCAUGCCUAUGCCCCAGAAAUCCCAGCAGACAUGCUACUGGUGGACAGAAUCCACCGGGUACUGAGACUCAAACAAUUACCUGAAACGGUUCUGCGAUAUGUACUCCUCAGGGCCCACUACUACCACAUUAAAGAACAUGUCCUGAAAGCAAGCCAUAAUCCCCAGAGAACUACUCCAGUGUUAAAAUAUUUGCUGACUUGUCGGCGGCAAUGCUCAGCAAGAGAAGAAUAUUUUCCCCAAUCCUGGAGGUGCUGA